UAACUAUUCGAUACCGAACUCUGUGGCUGCACACACGCACCCCUGUUCUAAUUGAAGUUAAAUAAAUUAACUAAACUGUUUUUGACCGCAACAAAAUUCGCCGUUUACCACGCCCCCCCGCCGCGCACUUCGUCGGCCGUCUCGCAGCACCGCCGCCCGCACCCUAGUUACGCCGCCCCAAAAGUUAUUUGCCAAAUCAAAUACGCCGUCGAGCGCUAGGGAUGUGCAAAAAAAUAUCGACUGCGGCCAGCAACUCGUCAAGCAACCUUGCUCGUUAUCGCUACAGUACGCAGGGAAAAAAUAAAAUUAGCAACAAAAGCAUAUUAUUUGGCAGCCAAGUUCGAGUGCUAAACGCUGCUGGAGAAGCAUACUUUGGCUAGACCACGCCUCGCCUCGCCUCGCCCGCCCAUCUCGCGAUCGUUCGAUCGGGCACGCUCUUCGGUGGCAAAUCGUUGGAAUUGGGGUAAAAAAAAAAUACACAGAGGCAACUAUACAAACGCCACAAAUAUAACCCAGGCAGCAGCGCGGGGAAAGGAAGAGGAAAAGGGAGCGAACAGAGGAGAAAACGCCAACUGCAAGUGGAGUGUCCAACUACUGCUGCUGCUGCUCCUGGCCUCCUGGCACAUCGGACAUCGCCCAGUCGGCACAUCCAUCCGCACACAUCCCGACUCCCGACUCCGACUCCGACUCGGAUCCCGAUCCCGGUCCCAAUCCCGAUUGCGAUCCAAUCGACGUUAUGAACAACAAUAGCAAGCGGAAAACCCGACCCACUGGCGGUGGUGGUGGCGGCGGAGGAGCUGGCGGCGGCAUCGCAAGAUACAACUCCAACGACAACAGCCUGAGGCCCGCCAACAACAAGGCAGGUGCAGGAGGCGGGAACGGAGGCGGUGCAUUGCGUCCGCUGGCGCAGGGCGUCUACAACAACACGUAUUUCAUGCACUCGGCCACGGCGCUGGUGGGCAGCGUGGUGGAGGUGCGCCUGCGGUCGGGCAACAUCUACGAGGGCGUAUUCCGCACAUUCUCGGGCAACUUUGACAUCGCACUGGAGCUACCGGCGUGCAUAAAGUCCAAGAAUCUGCCGGAUGAGGGCAAGGUGCCAAAACACAUUAUAUUCCCACUCGACACCGUGGUGACCAUCGUGGCCAAGGACUUUGACUCGCAGUACGCCACCGCUGGAGCUUUUCAGACGGAUGGCGCCAUCUCUGACAAAUGCAACGGUGCGCGCCUUGACGAGAAGGAACUGGAACCGUGGGACUCCGGCGCCAAUGGCGACAUUGACAUAGAACUGGAUAGCGCCGCCAACGGCUGGGACCCCAAUGAGAUGUUCCGCAAGAACGAGAACACGUUUGGCGUGACCUCCACAUUCGAUGACUCUCUGGCCUCGUACACGGUACCGCUGGACAAGGGCGACUCGCAGGAGUUUAAGGAGGCCGAGGCCAAGGCCGAAAAGCUGGCCGCCGAGAUCGAAAAUAAUCCGACGUGCCGCGACCGUCUGGACCUGGAGAACGGUGACGAGGAGGCGGCUUUCGCGGCCGUAGAGCGUCCGUCGGCCGAGCAGGAGCAACAACGCGGAGAUCGGGGCGACCGCGAACGCAACGAUCGGGAAAGGGAGCGCGAGGAGCGAGACAGGGACCGUGACCGUGAUCGCGGCAACAAGCCCCGUGGCGCCGCAGACUUCCAGCUGCGGGAGACCAUGAGCAGCGACCGGUACAUCACCAAGCAGACGCGCAGCAUCACCGGACCGCAGCUAUCACAUGUUGGCAUGUCCUCGCAGAGCAGCAACCGCGAUCGCGACACACGCGGCGAUGGCAGCCUGAUGAUGCAGGGUGGCGGCAUGGGCGGCGGGGCGGGUCAAGGCGUCUCCACGCAGUCCACGGCAGCUCUGAUGCUGGCCGGUGGCCUGAAGGGCGCGGGUCCGGCCCCAUCGGCCAAUGCGGCCACGGACACGUCCAGCAAGUAUGGCGGCGGUUCGAUGGUGAAGCGCAAGACUGUGCCCCAGGGCGGCAAGGUGAUGCGCAACAAUGUGCCUACAGGCGGCAGUAAUGUCCCCGUGUCGCAGGGCGGCAACGGAAACUCAGUGGGUCAGAGCAAAGGCGGCUACCAGCCGUCGAUGGGCAUGCCGAGUCAGUACUCCUACCAGGGUAACGCGCAGAUCAUGCAUGGGUCUUCUCAGUACCGCAACCAAUCUCACAUGGGCGGCGCAAACAAGCUGAAUGGCGAUUCGAACGCCAAUGCCAAUAAGCCGCUGCCCCAGCGCCAGAUGCGCCAGUACCAGGGUACUCAGAGCAAUUCGUCGCUUAAUUACGGCGGAGAGCCGCAGUCGCUGGGCAAGCCCAUGCACGGCUCCCAUGGUGGCCAUCCGGGGCAGAACAGUAACUCGCCUCCGCUGCAAACUGGAGUGCCGCAGCAACAGCAGCAGCAACAACAGCCGCCGCAGCAACAGCAGCAUCAGAACAUACAGACACAAGGGCAGAACACACAACCGGCGCGUCAGGUGCGGACGCGCGAUAACCAGGUGCAGGAGCUGCGACAAUUUGGCCAGGACUUCCAGCUGGCCCCCAGCAACACUUCACCGCCCCAGCAGCAGCAACCACAGCAGCAGCAGCAGCAGCAAGUACAGCAGCAACAGCAACAAGUACAGCAGCAGCAACAGCGAGCAUUGCAGCAGUCUGCUUCGCCCCCGCAGCAGCAGCAGCAGCCGCAACAGCAACACGUGGUCAUGCACCAAGUGCCGCCGACGCACUUGCACCAGGCGCCUCUCUCACAGCCACACUAUGUGCCUCAGCAGCAGCCCCAACAGGCGCCGCCUCCCCAGCAGCAACAUGUGCCGCUCCACUUGCAACAGAAGGCCCAACAGCAGCAGUUGGUGGAUGCCCAGCAUCAGCAUGUGUCCAAGCAGCACCAGCAGCAGGCCCAAGUGCAGCAGCCGCCGCCGCAGCUGGUACAGGAUCCAUCGCAACAGCCGCUGCCCAUUUACCAUACAAUGCCACCGCCGCAGACUUCGCCGGUGGUGAUUACCUCGCCCGUUCUGUUGGAGCAGCCGCCGCCACAGCCCAUGCCAGUGGUCCAGCAGCAGCAGCAGCAACAGCCUCAGCAGCUGGCCACACCCAAGCCGGAAGUAUCACCGGCACCGAGCAGCAGCACCACCACGCCCACUGGCAUAGCCAGUACGCCCACAACGGGGGUGAUUGCCGGCGCUGGAUCCGACAAGUCCACCCCGGCUGCCUCCAGUGCGACGAGCAGCUCCACGACGGUGGCCACUGGCACGGUCACUGUUACUGGUGGUGCCAGCGGAACCACGCCGGUGGUGAAGAAGCCACAUGUGCUCAACCCGUCUGCCAAGCCGUUCACACCCCGCGGACCCAGCACUCCGAAUCCAUCACGCCCCCACACCCCACAGACGCCUGUACCCAUGACCAACAUUUACACAACCACGGGAGGUCAUGUGCCGGCGCCGCCGGCCAACCAGCAGAUCUACGUGGUGCAGCCACAGCACCCCUUCCAGCCUCCGACACACCCGCAGGCCGGACAGCCACCGCGACUACGCCGUGGUAACUACCCUCCAAUGGCCGCAUCACAGAUGCAUGUGUCGGCCUCCGCGGCCACGGGCCAGCCGCUGAUAACCACCGGCCCCAUACAGCAGUUCAUCCAGUACGGCCAUGCACCGCACCAGCAACAAUACCAAUCGCAUACGUACGCGCCAAUGCAGAUGCGCGUGUACCAGGACCAGCCGCAGCAGCUGCAGUUCAUGACGCAGACGCCGCAGUCGACCACACCGUCGCCGGGCCAGCCGCACCAGCAGUUCCAUCCGCCGCCACAGCCCUCCCCCGCCGGCGGGGGACCACAGCAGGCGUACACGCCGCCAACGCAGGCUUACCAGUUUAUGUGCUUGCACCCCCAGUCGCUCAUAGCCAAUCACUAUUUCCCGCCGCCGACGCCGCAACAUCCGCAGCAGAAUCAACAACAGUAUCAGAUCGUGAUGCAGCAGCAUCAGCCGCAGUGAGAAAACGCCAGCUGGGCAAUGGCGCACGGGAAGGUGGCGAGCUGGAAGGCGGGGGGAGACGGAGAUGGAAACGGAGAUGGAGACGGAGGCUCCUCCUUGUUAAUGUCGCCGUAGCGAGUGGGAGCUGUACGGGCAGCCGACAUCAAGCAACAGUUACACACACAUACAGACACUAUACACAACAUGAAGCACUCACGACACCCGCAUCCGCAUCAGCAUCCGCACCUGCAUCAGCAUCUGAAUCCGCAUCCGCAUCAACCUUGAGUAAACGCGCGGCUUUCGUUGUCGCUCCAAGCGAUUUACGCCCCACAAUUCACAUACAUGCCACACAUUAUCAACCCACAUCCUUAUGCCAUGUGCACGAGCGGCUCAUCCUGUAGCACAUCUCUCACAGACCGAAAAACAACACCAACAACAACCACAACUAGGAAAUUAUAAAAUACAAUUAAAACAAAAGGAAACUAGUAAAUUUUUUGAAAUUGCAAGACUUCUACAGCGCACGGAAGCCAAAACACAACAACAGCAAAAAAACAAAAAAACAAACAAUCACUGAAAAACACCAAACGUAUGAGAAAGCAAAUGCAAAAAACAAAAAAACCAAGUUAAGAGAAACAAAACAUAAAAAUUAGAAAGCUAAAAGCAACUGUCGAAUCAAUUAUAAUACAAUGAAUUAUACAUCAAUGAGCGUUUGUAAGGAGCGUUUCCUGCCCCGCACAAGUCCUGUUAACUGAGGCGAAAAUUCCAAAACUGAUUGGCUACCAAAUUGAUACAAUCACAUUGUAAACCGAAAAGCAAAUGAAGUAGAAUCAAAAACUUAUGAAGAAGAAAGGCAAAAAGUCGAGUUAAGAUAAGAGCGAAAUUUUGUAAAAUUGUUUUAAACAUAAUUCUUUGAUGCACAUUUGCGCUCCUCUCCGCUAUCUAUAGUUUUAUCCGCUUUCGGCAAUCGACCGGCACACCCCGACACACACGCUCCCAUCCCCGAAAAUGCAGAAAUCCAGGAAGACCCAGCCUCGCACAUCCAAUGCACACACACGCCCACCCAGCAACACAAAACCCCAGAAGCAAAAGCGACAGCGACAGACACCAAAAACCCAA